GUACUGAAUGCGAGUAGGUAUGAUGAAACAGAAAACAAUCCAAAGCAUCACUCGGUAGACACCUGUUUGAGAGUCGGCGCGCGGAGUUAACUACUAGCUCCGAGCCUUGCGAGUAGAUGAUCGGAUACCUAGGAGAUGGAUCAUGGAUAUCGACGUGAGUGUACGCCACUGCCGCGCGGUUUUGAACAGUGGCUUUUCGGGCACCCUGAUGGCGGCGGGCUGUGAGGCGUUCCACGCGGCGGUCGAUUUUACACGUCUGUGCGAUGGAAGGAGGACUCCACGUUCCUUCAGGAGAUGGGCGUGCAGCGGCGAGGGCUUUUGCACGCCUUCAUAUACUUUACGUGUUACGACUAGACACGCCUUCAAGUGGAGGGCAUGCACCAGCCCGGCAUCGACACCUACUCUAUCUGGAUUCUGGUAUGCUACGGCGAGCAUACACUCCACCUACCCGUGGAGAUCCGGGGUGUUUACGUGCCGUGAAUAUGAGAAUUUCGAGGAGUUUCUUAUGAUACUAUCAUGUAACUAUGCUCUAACGACUGGGCGCUCGCAACGCAGACUCGCCCUACCAUUGCACCUGCACGUUGCGUACCAAUCGCACUUUCCAAUUGCACAGAGACAUUCCCUGCUGCGCGUGGACGGUGGACCGUGGACCGUGGUAUGUAUUAUGUAUACCGGUACUCUAUUCAGAACGCAUGGGGAUUCCGUCCGCAUCGCACAAGCUGCACUUCACCGGACGGUGGUUUCGAAUUCCGCACCUGGUUGGCGCUCCCAUCACCAUGCUUGCACGUAGUUAUGGUUGUGUUCUGCAGCUCGACUGCUGUUGUGUUCCUUCCGGUACCGUACCGGCAGAUCCUGCUGUAUGCUCGUGACUCGUGAGCCUACCGGUUGAACUCCGCCGGUCGUGCGCGGAUGCAUGUACUCUUAGCAGCUGCGUUGUUGCCGUGCGAUGCGAGGUACGCGGACAAGGACGAGGUCCCAUACGUUCGGUCCGUACAUCAUCGCAGAUGCAGUGUGUCCCGGGAUCCGUCGGUCUUCGCGAAACGAAUCCGGGGCUCAGGAGCGUUGCGUGCGGAGGAGCGCGUUCGGAUUCUCGAUCGGUGGUGGGAAUACUAGCAUUGGCGGUCGGAGCCGCAAUCCGGACGGACGAAAAAUCUCGAGUUGGGAUUCUAGCUGAUCGACACUGCCUGUUUCAAGUGCAGGUGGAAGACGCGUUCUGCGAGGGG